CACAGGCGAUACUCUCAAUUCCCUCCCCUCCGAAUCGGCAUCGCGGCCGAGCCUGAGCUCCCUAACCCCAAACCAACUCAGCAGGCGGGCGGCGACCACCUACUCUCCGGGACCCAGCAUCUCGUCGUCGCCUCGUCGCUCGGAUCCGCGCCGUCGCAGUCACUCCCACCUCCGCUCAGCUCCGCGACGCGACGUGACCCAGCAGCAGCGAGCAUCUCAUCAGCCAACAUCUCGUCGCCACUCGCCAGCAUCUUGACGCAGCUUGACCCAGCAGCAACCCGCAUCUCGUGACCCAGCAACUCGUCGCCCUCCGACCAGCACAACAGCUUGAAGCCGCUGAACCUUGAAAAAUGGUGGGGAGCAGCAGCUGAGAGACAAAGGAAGGCUCCAUGGCAUGCUGACAAGGAGAAUUGCGGAUUUCAUUUAUUUUCCAGUUUUUCCUUCUUAAUUGCGCGCUUUGUUUCAGUACUGGAUCGAGAACAAUUUGUUAGCUUGCUUCCUCGAUCUGUUUAAUUUCGAUAUUGUGUUAUGGCUCCUGG